AUCUACAUUUUACUACCUACAUGUACAAAAUAUAGUUAACAAAUUUUACUGCCAUAGUACGGAGCACGUACCUACUCUUAGAUUAUUAUUAAUUUCUCUACAAAGAAGUGACCUACGCUCAAGCAAUUAUAAUAUAAGAAAUAUGGCAAACAUAGCAGCUAAACGCGUGAAAAGAGAAAUUAAAGAAGUAGUGAAAGGUGGAGAGGGUUCAUUGAAAUUAGAAGUUGUAAGUAAUAGUUGGACAGAUUUACUUGGAGAAAUCACUGGUCCACCUGACACCCCAUAUGAAGGUGGUAUUUUCAAACUAGAGAUCAAAAUCCCAGAAACAUAUCCAUUUACUCCACCAAAGGUACGUUUCAUUACAAAAAUCUGGCAUCCGAAUGUAUCGUCAGUGACUGGUGCUAUUUGCUUAGAUAUCUUGAAGGACCAAUGGGCCGCAGCACUAACCCUUAGGACAGUAAUGCUAUCUAUACAGGCAUUACUUGCUGCUGCUGAACCAAAUGAUCCUCAAGACGCAGUUGUAGCAAAGCAAUAUAUAGAAAACCAACAAAUGUUCACACUUACAGCGCGACACUGGACUAAUAUCUAUGCAGAGGGCCCAGCUGGGGUCUGGGAAUUUAAUCAAAAAGUACAGUUAUUGUUAGAAAUGGGUGUUGAUGAGCACAAAGCGCGCGUUGCUCUUUCAACAUACAAUUGGGACGUUGAAGACGCUACAGAGCAAUUAUUUAGUUAGUAAAAAUAUAUAUACAAUAAGUUAUCAUUAAAAUUGCGAUUUCACCACACGAGUCCACAAGUGAAAAUGUGUCUAAUAUAUAAUUAUCAUUAAGUAUCUGGUGUCUAAGUUCUACUUCUUCAUAAAUGAUUGACGAUAUAUUGUGAAGGCUUUUUGGCACAUUCCAAUUUAAAAUUUAUACAUAGACAUAUAUUUAACAGCUCAUGAAGCCCGGAUUUGAUUCAUAUUACGCUUACCAUACAUUGAAAUCCAUGUUUCAAUUUAAAAAGGAAUUAAGAAGUUGAAUCGAAUUUUGUACUAAUAUAUGUAGCUGUAAUACAAAAUAAGCAAUGUAUGAGUUCAAGCUAGGUGUGAACUAACAGCGAGGUAAUCGUUAUAAGUAUGACUUAACUGAACGCCUAGUUGUAAUUUUAAGAAACAACUGGUUUUCAUGAAAUUUGUAAAGUGUUCAUGAUUAAAUUAACUAUUUACUACUAUAGUUUCUACCAAAAUAAGUUGAACAAUUAAUUUACCUUUAAAUUUGUCAUCACCAUCAUGAUAGCAUACCUUAGAAUGUAACUGCACAGAAGUCUAUACAAUUAGUUGUAAAAUAAUUUAAUUAUAAAAUUUGGGGAUGGAAUGGAAUCUGCUCUGAUGUAUGCUCAGUGGUGUUCAUGUGUGACUUUUAGACGGGUAUAAACAUUUUGUUAACCCGUAUAUUCUUUUUUUUUGUGGUACAUACCGCCAUUAUUGUUUCAUAUAUAUUAGCUUUUAAUGGUCAAACUAAUUUCACAGUUUGUGUAUAUACAUUAGGAGAAGCGACAUUGUAAUUGCAAUUUAUAAAAAUAAAUUGCAUUCCUUGUUUUAGAUGAGUGAAAAGCUA